AGUAGGACGGUCCGACAGCCUUGCUGGAUUGUACCAAGAAGGAUCUCCACCGUCUAACAUGUCUGCUGGUUAGAUGUAGCGAAAGAGUGAGAGAGAGAGAGAGAGCGAGGUGGGGGGGGGGGAGAGAGAGUGAGAGAGGGGCGGUGGCCAAAAUAAGGAAUCGUGCAGAAAUCGGUGUUGCUGGCCAGCUCCUCCAUUCACUCAACUUAAUGGCUUCGGACACUUGUUUACAUCCAUGGGGUCUGUCCGCCUUUCGGAUUGACUUUCUCUCCGGAGGACGGUAAAAGACGCUGUAAAUACGUCGUAAAAACCCCCGUCGGCCACGCCACACAUGAGGGGACGCGCAGUGCGCCCCUCCGCGGUGCGGCUGUGACUCGGCGGCCGCAGACCGGCCAGGGCAUGCUGAAGAGCCGCUGCUGCGUCCUGCUCGGUGACCUGAGGCUGCUGCUGCUCGGCCCGCCGGCACCGGCGCCUCCGCGCACCCCCAUGAGCGGCCAAGCCGCGCAGAGCCGUGAGCCGCCGGACGUCGCCGAACAAGGGGAGCGAGGAACCCCGCCCGGGGCGGCCGCCGCCGAGCGAGCGGUGCCGGGCUGGGUGGACGCGGCGGAGCUGUCGGCGGCGCUGCGCGGCUGCAGCAGCUCCUCCGAUGACUGCUCGAAGGGAAAACUGGAGGAGCGGUUCUCCCUCACCAGCUUCACGGGGAGCGGCUUCAGGACGCCCGUCUGCAGGAUCUGCUUCCAGGGACCUGAGCAUUGGCAGGCCAUCUCACUCACCGUGAUCGAGAAGGUGCAGAUAGCAGCAGCCAUCUUGGGCUCUCUCUUCCUGAUGGCCAGCAUCUCCUGGUUGGUGUGGUCCUCGUUUAGCCCGUCGGCACGCUGGCAGCGCCAAGACCUGCUUUUCCAGAUCUGCUACGGCAUGUACGGCUUCAUGGACGUGGUGUGCAUAGCACUUAUUGUCCAUGAGGGACCGUCUGUGUUCCGCAUCUUCCACCGGUGGCAGGCUGUCAACCAGCAGUGGAAGGUUCUCAACUAUGACAAGUCUUUGGACAACGUUGACUUGAAGAACAUGGCGGUGGACAGGACUCAUCAGACCAACCAGGCUUACCAGACCGGACUCGGAGUGUCCGCCUCCACCUCGUCGCUAAUGGUGGUCGCUUCCACGGCUGCCGGCUCCACGUCAGCGAAUGUGGUGGCGGCCGCCGGAGGACUUGGGGUGCAGGACUUGAACCCCGAUGGUGGGGGCGCGGUGGCCGACCCGCAUUACCCUUACAACAUCCUGCACCUGCUCAGCCACCUGAGACCGUCGGAACCUCGCAACCAAGCCAGCAGUAACACACGAGAACUGGUCAUGAGAGUCACGACCGUGUGAGGCGUCAGAUGGGGCCUUAUCUCUCAAAUGGGGUCAGGGUCUAACAUUCACAAAGCAUCUAAACUGCAACUGGACUGAUACCGUCUUCUUAUUUGUUACAUAAUGCAUCAUCACUGUCAUUGAUUGAAUAAAAAUGUAAAUUGGUUGAUUUGCAGAGCUGCUUGGUAAAUACUUCUUUGGGGGAUUUAGAGUAGUGGUCCCCAACCACGGACCAGUUUAAUGUAGGCAUUAUUUCCAGGGACCGGCUUUCCACUUGUGCCAGAUAAAUACAGCAAAAAUAAGUGCAUGAAAAAUACAACUUACUAUAACGCUGAAUUAGUGGGAGCCCUGGGCUUGUUUCUUUGCCAUGAGAUCCCCAGCAGGUUACCAUCAACCUGCUGGGGACUGCAGAUGGAAAUCAGCCUUUGGCUACAAUCUGUCACAUUUAUAUUUUAUAUGUUCAUUUUGCAGCCGAGUGUGAAGCGACUCCAAGUCCGAGUC